AGUGGCUGCACAAGGUUUUACUGUAUUAGCUAUGGUUGGAGGAUCACUCUAUUAUCAAUAUAAAGAACAAAAAGAAGCCAAAGAACAGCAAGAAGAUAAUAAAUAGUAUACCAAUACAUCAUACAUCACAAUAAAGACGAUUUAGCUUAUAGAUGAUAUAAUAAUAGAAUUCUAUUUAUUACGUAAUAUGAGGAUGAAUUGUACCCUACCCUACUGUCCAUAGAUAAAGUAAAGAAGUAAGAUUGACUUCUUGAUAAUAAUACACGUAUUACAUCAAAGUAGGAUAAGAAGAAGAUGCAAUAAUCAUAAUUUACUUCCUGUCUCUUUAUUAAAUGAAUUCAUAUUUCACCAAGCUUUUAUUAUUUUUUUUAAGUUUUUAGUGGAAGUUUUUACUGGUCAAAAAAGAUGAUUAUUUAUCGAUCGAAGUUAAAAGAAGGAUAUAAAAGAAGAAUGAAAUGAUAUAAUAAGAAAAGAGAAUAGCAGCCCUUUUUUUAUAUAUGUAUAUAUAUAUGGCAGGAAGAGCUACAAAGAUUAAAUUAAUUACAUUUGAUGCUUAUAAUACAUUAUUCAAACCAAAAGGCAAUUUAACUGCUUUAUAUGCCUUAGAAGCCUCUUUAAAUGGUAUUUAUGUCUCUAAGGAUGAAAUCAAUCAACAUUUUGGUAAACUUUAUAGGCGACAGAUAGAAGAAAAACCAUUUUAUGGGCUUGCACAAGGUUUAACUGUACAUACUUGGUGGGAAGAAUUAGUUUAUUCAACUUAUAUUCAUGCUGGCGUAUCUAAAAAAGAAUUGGACCCUAAAUUUGACAAAAUAUUUAAUGGUUUAUAUAAUCGAUUUACUCAAAGAAAAUAUUAUGAGUUAUUUCCUGAUGUCACACCAACACUUGAGUUUUUGAAAAAGAAUGGAUUUCAAAUAGGAGUCAUUAGUAAUACAGAUGAAAGAAUUAUUCCAGUAUUACGGAAUUUACAAUUAGACACAUAUUUUAAUUUUAUUUUAUCAAGUGUUUAUGCUGGUUAUGAAAAGCCUUCAAAACAAAUAUUUGAUAAAGCUCGUACAUUUUGUACUCAACAGCCUAUUUCACCUAGUGAAGUAUUACAUGUUGGCGAUGAUGAAGAAAAAGAUUAUCAGGGUGCAAUUAAUGCCGGUGAAAAUGCAGUAUUUUUAAAUAGAGAGAAAAUACCCUAUGAAGAUAGCCUUGAACAUAUAAAUGCUUGUAAAUUGAAAAGAGAAAGUCAUGAUUAUACAACUAUUUCAUCAUUAACUGAGUUAUAUCCAUUAAUGUGCAAUCGCUUUAAUAAUAAACUAGGAGAAUAAUAAAAGGCUCAACUAACGUGAUGUUCUUUGAAUAUUUAAGUCGCUUAUUCAUAUUCCAAAUAUUAAUACAAUCACCUACGUAAUCCAUACUUAAUUCUCCAUUUGAUUGCCAUUCUAUUCU